GAGAAGGCCUUGUGAUACAAAGGAGACGUGUUCGUCAGAGUGUGCUUCGGACUAAUCCAGAAGGGGCUGCUCGCAGAUCUAUGGCUUCCAGACUACACAGGCGUACAUACCGAGUUGCAGGGCCAAAUUCUUUGUGGCAUUUGGAAGGCAACCACAAACUCAUAAGGUGGAGAAUUGUUAUUCAUGGGGCUAUUGAUGGCUUUAGCAGACUGGUUACAUUUUUGGAAGCAUCAAAUAACAACAGAAGCAGCACUGUGCUAGAGAAGUUUGUUAGCGCUGUCGACCAGUAUGGUGUUCCAUCAAGAGUUCGCUGUGACCAAGGUGGAGAAAACAACGGCGUUUGCAUUUUCAUGGAGGUUUUUCGAGGUUCUGCCAGGGGGAGUGCUUUAAGGGGGAGAAGCACCCAUAAUCAGCGAAUUGAACGACUAUGGGGAGAUGUUUGGAGGGGAGUUGUUAAUGUGUACUAUUCUCUGUUUACCCUUUUGGAAAAUGAUCGAAUACUGGACUGUAACAAUGAGAGUCAUCUUUGGGCACUCCAUUACAUCUACCUUCCUCGAAUAAAUCGGGACUUAGGUCUUUUUAUAAGUCAAUGGAACCAUCACCACCUGAGAACUGCAAGGCACAUGUCACCAUAUCAAAUCUUUGUGCGUGGCUGUCUUUGCCUACAGGCUCGAAAUUUGACCGGGAUUCGGGGAGUGUUUGGUGCUGAUGAACAGCCAGCUCAGUUGGAGGGAGAAGCACCCAACUUGCCGCAACUGCCAGCUUUUGCCUGGCCAGACAGGGUUGAAGUCCCUGUAACAGAUUUUGUAAUAGACAAUGAACGCUUGGCUGAACUUCAGCAACGCAUUAAUCCCCUUGGAGGUCCAAGAGACAGCCUUGGAGUAGAUCUGUUGCAAGAGGUCAUUAGGUUCCUUGACUCCUUGCAGUAAGCUGUACAGAACUUGUUAGUAUGAGUCUUUGGGGUGGUUUCCCGGACAGGGAUUAGUUUAAGCCAGGACUAGGCCUUAGUUUAAUUGGGAAAUAUAACUAGUUUUUACAAACAUGCCUUACUAA